CACAUCGCCGCUUCCAGCACAUGGCUGGCACUUGAACCUUGUUGGAUCCUUGGUCCUUAAGCCUGCCCCGCCUGGCUAGACCGGACCUGCAGACAUGCACACACACAAGUACAAAGGGCUAGGAUCGUCCGAAGGCAUCUCCUUCUCUCCUUCCUUCGUCUUCCUCGCCUCUUCUCUUCUGCCCCACGUCCUGUCUCUCGUUCUUCCUUAUCAUCCCCUCCCUCCCUCGCUCGCUCAAACACCCCGACCAGCCAGCCAGCCCUUUUCUGCUUCUUUCGCUGGCUGCUGACCUCCUUUCUUUGUCCUUCAGCUGGUUAAAGUCCGCUGUCCCUCUCCUCCCUCCUUGUCCUGUACAUAAACAAUUCCCGCUGGACUCCUCCCUCCAAAGGGGUGUCCUCAUCUGUCUGCCAGUGAACAGCAUUCAGUUCCGCUCCUUAAUCUCAUCGUCGCUCUCUCCAUCCCAACCUCGCAAUGAGUGCCGCCAAUGGUACCACCGAAAAGGCAUCGUCCGAGGGUGGCAACAUCCUGAGUGGUCAGAAUCCGAUCCAAUUUAAUUUGUCCGAUCCACUGCCGCUUUUCAUUGUCCAGACUGUCAUCAUCCUGUCGCUAUGCUACUUUAUAAACAUAUUCAUGCAUCGCAUCAGGCAACCGAAGGUCGUCUCAGAAGUCAUUUCCGGAAUCAUCCUCGGUCCCUCCAUCAUGGGAAAGAUCCCCGGUUUCAACGAUACUAUUUUCCCGUCCGAAUCCAUCCCCUUUCUGACCCUUGUCGCCAACCUCGGUCUGUGUCUCUUCCUCUUUCUUGUCGGCUUGGAGCUUGAUCCAAAGCUCAUCCUGAAACGCGCAAAACACGCCCUGGGGAUUUCUGUCGCAGGUCUUUUGAUCCCAUUCGUAUUCUCGUGCGGUGUCGCCCUCUUACUGUAUAAGGAGUUUGAAAAGGGAACCGACACUGGGCCAGCGCCUCCAUUUGGGCAGUUCCUCUUGACCUGUGGAGUUGCGAUGAGUUUGACGGCAUUUCCAGUAUUGGCUCGUAUUCUCGCAGAGAUGCAACUUAUGAGUACGACUGUCGGAUUUAUCACCGUAUGCGCAGCCGCUGCUGGAGACAUUGUAGCCUGGAUCCUGCUGGCGCUCUUGGUCAGUCUUAUCAAUGCCACAACCCCGAUCAUGCCGCUCUAUGUCAUCCUCAUGGGCAUCGGAUUGUGCCUUAUCCUGGCUUAUGUUGUGCGUCCAAUUUUGAUGUCUCUUGUGCGACUGACCCACUCAGAGGAAGAGCCAUCCCAAAAAAUGAUUGCGGUUACGCUAGUCAUCGUUCUGUCCACUUCAUUCAUCACCAACAUCAUCGGAAUUCAUACUAUCUUCGGUGGAUUCCUGGUCGGCUUAUUGAUUCCACACGACUCUGGCUUUGCUGAGGGUCUUACCCGUCGUCUCGAAGACCUUGUGGGUGUCUACUUUUUGCCUAUCUUCUUUGCUUGCUCUGGCUUAAAGACGCAAGUGGGUCUCCUGAACAACGGCCAGACGUGGGGUCUCGUCAUUAUGGUGACAGUCAUUUCAAUGUUUGGGAAGAUGCUAGGCUGCACCACUGCUGCCAAAGCCAACGGGAUGACUUGGCGUGAGGCAUUCUCUAUCGGUUUUCUCAUGCAAUGCAAGGGACUCGUCGAGUACAUCAUCCUUAAUAUUGGACAUGACGCCGGCGUCAUCAGCGACCGAGUCUUUGUCAUCAUGAUUGCGAUGUGCGUUAUCCUGACAAUGAUCUCCACGCCCUUUGUCGGGGGGAUUCUUUUCCAAAUUGACAAGCAAGCUGAGACGUAG